AUGUCGAGGAUAGAAGAACUACCCGAUGACUUUGAUGAAAGGAUCAAUCUUAAUGAAGCGCCGAGUGCGCCUUCAAUUGAGGAUCUUUAUCAACAGCACAUCAAGACCCCAAGAAAAGAUCCCAUCAGCGAUCAGAGUUUUGAACAAAUUGUGCAAGACAUGAGCAAAACGCCACUGUUCAUGAAUAGUCUAGAAGAAGCGACAGAUGAGGAUGGACAGAAUGACCUUCUCGAGGCUAUCAAAGCUUUACAGUACGAAGGGACCAAGGCCGAAGUUGCCCAGGGAUUCAAGGAACGAGGGAACGAGAUGGUGGCAGAGAAAAAGUGGUCCGACGCCAAAGAAUUCUACACCAAAGGCAUUGCAGUCCUGAUGGACAAAGUCAACGACAAAUGGGAUCAGGCUGAAGACCAAGAAAGUGAACUGAAACUGCGAAAGACGCUCGAGGAGCAGCUUUAUGUGAAUCGGGCACUUUGCAACCUCGAGCUAAAAAACUAUCGAUCCACGACAUUGGACAGUGCAGCAGCACUUCGGGUCAAUCCGAGGAAUAUCAAGGCACAUUUCAGAUCGGCGUCGGCAUUGUUUGCUCUGGACAAAGUGCUUGAAGCAUUGGAUGUAGCAUCCCGAGGCAUCCAAAUCGACCCUAACAACGCAGCACUGUCGAAAUUGCUAGAGAAGAUCCGUGAGAGAGCCAAGAUAAAGGAAGCCCAAGAUCGACGACGCGAGGCAGAGAAGCAACGAAAACAACAGGAAGAAUCCAUACUACAAGCAGCUCUCAAGACGAAGAAGAUCCAGCUGCGAGGGACCAAGAAUUCGCCCAACAUGGAAGAUGCUGUCAUUCGACUCUCACCGGAUCCAUUGUCACCGAAAAGCCUGCUGGAGUUCCCCGUGAUGCUGCUAUAUCCAAUGCACAACCAGACCGACUUGAUCAAGGCCUGGGCGGAGAAGGACGCCAUCACGGACCAUCUCAGCUAUAUUCUUCCACUGCCGUGGGACAACAAGAAUGAGUACAAGCUGUCGACGGUUGAUUGUUACAUGGACACUAUCAGUGGUGGACUCAUGAAAGUGGGCAAGAAAUUGACGCUCUUGGAGGCCUUGUCGAAUGGCAAGACGGAAAUCGUGGAUGGAUUGGUGAGGAUAUUUGUUGUGCCGAUUCCGUUGGCGUCCAAAUGGAUUGAGGAGGUCAAGCGAAAGAAAGGGAAGUCAUGA